AUGGUUUCUUCAAUGAUCCAAAACACCGAGCCAUACAAGCUUACCGAGGAGCAACUCAAGUCCUAUCAUGAACAAGGCUUUCUUUUGAUCGAGGACUUUUUCUCAGAGGAGGAACAUGCUGAGCUAAACAGCUAUUGUCAAACAUUCAAGCAAUGGGGUGAAGAAAAGGGCAAAUGGAUGCAAUACUAUGAAGUACAUACAAAGACCGGCGACAAGCAACUAUGCCGUACCGAGAACUUUACACCUUUCCAUGAUGGUAUGCGUGGCUAUGUCAAGAGCCAACGUCUUUUGGACGUGCUUCAAAAGUUGCAUGGUGAAGAAUAUGUCCUCUUUAAGGAAAAAGUCAACUACAAGCUUCCUGGUGGUGGUGGGUUCCCUGCACACCAAGAUGCACCUGCUUUUGUCCAAUUUGGUCAAUCCUCUCACAUGACUGUUAUGUUUACCAUUGAUCCUACCACUGACGCCAAUGGAUGUCUCGAGGUGGUACCUGGCUCGCAUAAAAAUACCUUUGAAAGAGGUAUCCUUCCUCAAGAAAAGCACGAUGGCUCCAUUUCUGUGGAUUGGUGCAAGCAACAACAAUGGCUUCCUGUUCAUUGUAAACCUGGCUCUGUGUUGAUUUUUGGUGCCUAUUUGGCGCAUCGAUCGGGUGACAACAAUACCGACCAAUCUCGCAUUGCGGUGUAUUUGACAUACAAUGCAGCCCGUGAAGGUGAUAUGCGUGAUCAUUACUAUAAUGAAAAGCGCAAGCUCUUCCCACCUUCUUAUGAACGUGAAGAGGGCAAGGAUUAUAGUGAAGGAGCUGUCAUUUAUAAUCUUGCUACACCUAUCAAAUCAUAG